UUGACAAUACAUUAACGGGAGUUGCGUGUGGAGCAUAAAGACGCUUCUGUAAUGGAUCUUACGUUGAAGUUGAAGAAGUCCCCAAGAUGGAUCAAAUUUAUUCUCGGCUUUUUUUUGCUUGCAAUUGUGGUUACCGCUAUCGUAGUGCCUAUCGUGCUAACCGCAUCGGACACCGAGCCAACAACUCCAUCGCCCUCCACACCAACUACGACUAUGGCAACAACGUUCCCCCCUCCGUUAACUAUGACCGAAUAGAAUGCUAUCCAUUCAAAAAUAUGGUCGAAGAGAACUGCACUGCCAGUGGAUGUCUAUGGGACUCUGUUAAUGGAUACCCUAAUUGUUACCUUCCCGAUUCGAGCGUCUACGGUUACGAGAUUGACGGAGAGCUAAUGAAUCUCCCUGAUGAGGCGGGAUUCAAGAUCGAUAUCCGCCGACGCCGAAAUGAAGAUGACUCGAUAAUUUUCUCACUGUAUGGAGGCGAUAUCGAUCAAGUCACGUUUGAAGUCAAUUAUUACAGCGAUAGCACGUUAAGUUUUGCCUUUUAUCCGAAAAACGAGGACCGUUUUGGAUUACGACCCCCCGUAACAGUUACACCACCCACAACUGGCGUCACUGAAGACAUCCAGUACGAAGUGCAGUUAAGUUCUAAUGAAAAGGGCCAACCUUUCAAUUUCCAAAUCAUUCGCAAAAAUUCCGGAGCAGUUAUUUUCGAUACAUCGAUGGGCGGCCUAACGAUCGCCGAACAGUUUCUUAUGAUAAGCACAACGUUGCCUACUCAUUAUCUUUACGGAUUUGGAGAAAAUACCCACGACACCUUACUGCACGACAUGAAUUACAGAAUGUGGCCCAUUUUUAGUAGAGGCCAAGCUCCAGGCAAGAGAGAUGUUAACGCCUACGGUGCACAACCAUUUUACAUGGCCAGCGAGGAGGACGGCUCCUCUCACGGAGUUUUCUUAUUCAACAGCCAUGCAAUGGAUGUCACAACCAUGCCCAACCCGGGUAUCACGUUCCGAGCCAUCGGUGGCAUGUUGGAGUUCUUCGUUUUCCUCGGACCCCAGCCGGAAUCGGUUGUGAAACAGUACGGCGAUGUCAUCGGACGUACGUUCAUGCCUCCUUACUUCGCGCUCGGCUUCCAGCUCAGCCGUUGGGGAUACAAAAACACGAGCGAAAUACGUGAUGCUAUCGACCGCACUCGAGCCGUAGAAAUCCCUCACGACAUUCAAUAUGUGGAUAUUGACUACAUGGAUAAACGGAGAGAUUUCACCAUCGAUCCGGUUAAUUUUGCGGAUUUGCCUGCGUUGGUGGACGAAGUGAAAAGAGACGGCCUAAAAUUUGGAAUUAUUUUGGACCCGGCAAUCGCCCACGAGUUGUUUGGUUAUCCACCGUUCAGUCGGGGUGAUAAAGACAAGGUAUUUGUGCAAUGGGCCAAUUCAACGUACAAACCGGAUGGCCAGGCUGCCAACGACAACAACCUGUACGGCCGUGUAUGGCCGAGAAGAGAAACUGCCUUCCCAGAUUUUUUAAAAAAUGCAACAAAACAAUGGUGGACAGAGGAAAUUCGUCUUUUCCACGAAGAACAAAAACUGAAUUUCGAUCUUCUUUGGAUCGAUAUGAAUGAACCAUCAAACUUUCUGACUGGAACUUUACUGAAAUGUCCGCCAAACCGUUGGGACGACCCCCCGUACGAAACAAUGGCUGCUAAUGUUGGUGCGACUGGAAGGCUCUCGGAAAAGACCAUCUGCAUGGCGUCCCUGUUCGGUGAGGAAGACGAGUUCCUCCAUUAUGAAGUUCACAGUCUCUACGGCCAUUCUCAUGCCAUGGCAACUCAAAGUGCUGUGCGUCAAGUUUUGGCCGGAAAACGAUCCAUGGUUCUAUCGCGUUCCACUUUUGCUGGAAGCGGCAAAUACGCGGGCCAUUGGCUGGGCGACAAUUACUCGACAUGGAAACAAAUGGCUAACUCUAUCAUUGGCAUGGUGGAAUUCAACAUGUUUAAUAUACCGUACGUCGGACCGGAUAUUUGCGGGUUCAAUCUCAACGCAGAAGAAGAAAUGUGCGAACGUUGGAUGGAGCUGGGCGCGUUUUAUCCAUUUUCUCGCAACCACAACAGCUUCCUUUUCAAAGAUCAAGAUCCUGGAGAAUGGCCAGACACUGUGGCUGUUUCUAGUCUCAAAGCUCUCAACAUCCGCUACAGACUCUUGCCCUAUCUUUACACCCUCUUCUACGAUAGCCACACUGUCGGAGGCACUGUCGCCCGACCUCUUUAUCACGAGUACCCUAUGGAUAUCAACGCCCGUUCAAUCGACAAGCAAUUCAUGUGGGGACCGGCUUUGUUGAUAUCACCUGUACUACAACCAGGAGAAACUUCGGUUGAAGUUUACCUUCCCGAAGAUGUUUGGUACGAUUAUUACACGGGAAUUAGAAUAACAGCUUCUGGUAGCAACACCUUCUCUGCCCCUCGCGAUUACAUAAAUUUACACCUGCGCGGUGGCUAUAUUCUUCCCGCUCAAAAACCUGCCCUCAACACAAUGAUCAGUCGGAACAAUAAUUUUGAGCUGUUGGUGCCACUCGAUGACAACAAUUACGCCAUCGGUAAAUUGUUUUGGGACGACGGAGAGAGCGUCAACACGAUUGAAGAUGGGCUUUAUCAAAUCAAUACGUUCGAAUUUAGCGGGGAAACGUUGAAUAUUAAAGUAGAAAAGGGAUCUGGUGACGCUUGGGGUGGGAUCUCUCAGCUUUUGGAUACGAUCCAAUUCAUGGGAUGGUCGAGCGAGCCGGCCAAGAUUUCCGUUAAUGGGGCAGAUGUCGAAACGACCCUUUACGAGUACAAUGAGACAAGCAAAAAUCUAUUUUUGUUUUACAAAUUUUCUAUGAACGAAGACUACGUCGUUGAAUUUCGAUAGGUGGCCCAAUAAACCAAAUGUCAGAUCCCGCA